UCGCAAAUUGUGUAUUAUAUUACUUGAAAUAACUAUAAAAUGUAAAUUAUAUUAACUACUUAGAGACAACACUCGACUCUACCCAAAUAACAGGAGGGAGACAUAAAAUAGUUUUUGUCGUGUUUGUCACAAGUUCUUAAUGUGAAAAUGGCAGAGUGUGUGUGUUAAUGAAUAAUAGAUUAGAUAAUGGACGUGUGUAUGUUAUUCACUCAUUAUGUGUUUCAAGAAAACCAACGUUGUACGAUCAUCAGAAACAUUCACUAAGGUUUUUUUGCAGAAAAAAAGAGAACCAAAGUAGAGUUUUUCAAAAAUGAGUUCAACACACAGCCAAGUAUUCGAAAAUGAACUAUCGACUACAUUUAUCAAUAAUGUACUCGUUGAUCGCUUUAAAGAAACUGAAGAAAAUAUUGUAUAUUGUACACUUUGCAAUUUGAUUGUGCCGAAUACUUUAAAGGAAAAAAAAAGUCAUUGGAAAUCCUGCACGAAUCGUCGGUAUUACAAUAUCAUCAAUAAUGACAACAAUAAUAUUUCUGGUGGAUUUCAAUGUUAUCCUUGUAAAUUUGACAUUAACACCUUAACCGGCUUUAGAAACCACAUAAUGACUGAAUCACACACUACGAAAUGCCAUGGUGUAAUCCUAUAUUCUUAUUUGUGUAUAGCAUGCAGCAUGAUGAUCUACGCUCCGUGCGAAACGAUUAAUAAGCACAUGAAGGACAAGCAUAAGCAAUUAUACUUGCUUCCUAGGUUGUCUUAUAUUUUAAACAGCAUUAUGACCAAAUUUGAAAAAACAAAAGCACUUCGAUUUUACUAUGCUUGUGUAACGUGUAAGUCGAUUUCUCCCUGUCGAAUAAAACACCAGCUAUUUCAUAGCGACACAAUGUUUUACUGUGACACCUGCAACAUAGUGUUUUGUUGUUCAGAUUGCAUAUACAAACGGCACACACUCAGCUACGAACAUAAUUUGUUUUGGAUCAAAUCAAAUUCAAACACAAUAGUUGAUAAUUCAUAUUUGAUGGAAUUUUCUAUUAAUUUGCCUCGAUGUAUCAAGCGAAAUUUUGUGGCACUUCCCGAUGAUUUUAUUAGGUGCAAGAUAUGUGGCGUCUCAUGCACAACGAACGAAGGCGAAAUCAUGAAUCAUUUAGAAUCCUUCUGCGUUCAUCAACCAGACUUAACGGGUCGCAAUUUCACUAAUAUCGAUACUUUUAAAUGUCUGAUUUGUGACGAGCUACACAACGACUUUAACCUCUGGAAAUGCCACGUGGUAUCAAAGCAACAUCUUGUUCGUUGCCACAAUGCUGGUAACGUGAUCACGGUGUUUGACGAUAAGACCCUUUGGUGUGUUAUUAACAAAACAGAUGCGACCAUCCUAACUUUUGCUGAUAACCAAUCAGGAGAAAUAUCUUUGUUGUCUAUGUGUAUGGCUCGAGUGUUAGAAGACCAAAAUUGUGGUCUUGACACGUUUUACUACUAUUACGACCACAUUUCGGGAAAUUUCGGUCGACUCCGUGAAAAACUCCAAAGUUCAUCAUAUUACUGUGACACAUGUAAGAUAUCAUUUUUUUGUACGUCCGAUCUUUUCAACAAACAUUCGUUGACAAGUGAACAUAUUUUUUUAAGGUACAUCGGUAACAUUAAAAACGUUGAAAAUCGUGAGUACCCGAAAUUAAUUUCACCGUUAAAUACCUCAGACACGUCCCCACUUAAAGUAUCCAAUCUCUGCACUAGCCCAAUCUAUCAAACGCAAAAAACGCGACUUGCUAGACAUUUCAAAAUCAAAAUCGAGACGCUUAACUCGCUGAUGCAGUACAAAGAUCAAGUAAUCGACAGUGUUCGAGCCGUAUCUUUUUAUUGUACUGACUGUGAUUACGUCACGAAUGAAGAUCUUCAUUGGAAAGACCACAAUGAACAGCAUUACUCCAACAGUUCUAGUGGGGCCUUACCAGAACAGAGGAUCCAGAUUUACUGUGAUGUCUGUAGCAUUUACAUGGUUGGUUUGAAGAAAUAUAUAGACAAACAUAAAACAACAGAAGAACACAUUGCUUUAAAUAAAUUGUUUAGAGCUUUGAAGAAAGUAGAAAGCAACAUAGCCGAGAUGGAAGAAAGUCUACAGUCGUCGAGUAAUAUAAAUGAUGACAAAAGUGUUAACAAAAAAAGUGAGAACAAAACAACAUUACCAAAUGCAAAGUCCACAAGCCUGCAUAAUCUAUCUACGAAGAUUCCAAAACAAUCAAAUCAAGAUCGACAACCUUGCAGUACAAGAGAUGCACUGUCUUCAAGUUCAUUAGUAUCCACGGACGAUCAGUAUUUAUUAUACGUUGCCCAACGGUUUCAACAAAUUCAAGACGAUACCGUGAAAUUCAAGAUAAAAUUAGCCAUUGACCAAAUAUUUUGUAAGAAUAUAUCUUUGCCAUCCGACCUGUAAAUAGGUAAUGAAAAUCCCAUAACGUACCGGUCAAAAUUUAUUAAAGUUCUCCUUUUUAUUUUUGACUACUACUGUAAUGUAUAAAGUUAACUUAAUCGAAUUUUUUUAUAGUAACGUUAAUAAAAAUCUACUUUUAAGGAACAAAAAUAUUUUUUUACAAUAAAAUGUAUGGAAAGUGGAAACCAAUAAUUUACCAUGUUACACUGAUAUUAUGUCGUAUAUUGUAGCAUAACUUUCUUUCUUCCUAAGUCUAUUAUUCAACCAAAGUGGAAACAGCCUAAUCCUCCUUAAAAACAGCUAUACAUUAAUCAACUCA